AGUAGUCGUUUUGGCUCAAGCCUCUCCCGCUCUGGCGCGACCACCUCCUUCGGCGAAUGGGCCACCAGGGGCACGCCAUGGUCCUGGAGGAGGAGCGCCCCAGAGAAUCCGCUGCGCCCGGUGGUCCCGCGGAAGCCCCUACCAGUGCCGCCGCGGGCGCAAGGAACGACCGCGACGUGAUGGGCAGGCUGGAGAGCCUCGAGGGGAGCGGCGGCAGCGAGAUCAGCGACUCCGUGGCCGACAAGCUGCUGCAGACGCUCAGCCUGCUGGAGACAAACUACGAGCGCACCGUGGCCGCAGGGAGCGGGCGGGGCCGCGGGCCAGCCCAUGAGGCGGAGGAGGGCGGUGGUGAAGAUGCAGAGUGGGAGGAGGAAGAGUUCGCCGACGGCGCCUUCGCUCCAGCGGGCUAUGCGGCCCUGGGUUCCGACGACGAGGGCAGCGAGGGCGCCGUGGAGACGUGGUUGGGGGCGGAGGGGCCCGCCGGCGAGGACGGAGGCCGCCCAGACGCGCCCGGCGAGGCGGCGGCCGCGCCGCUCGGCGGGGCGGCGGCCAGGCCGCGCGACGCGCGGGUGCCAGCGGGCGGCGAGGAGUUCGCCGACCUCGGCCGCAAUACCGCGGCGCCGCCGCCUCCGCUGGGCGGCGGCGCCGGUGCAGAUCUGGCCGACGGCGGCGAGGACUUCGCCGACUUCGGCCGCAACGCCGCGGCACCGCCGCCUCCAGGGCCCUCGGCCCUGUCCUCGGGGAGCAAAGAACGUCCAGCUCAUCAAGGCGGCGAUGGGGCAGCUGAACCUCAAGCCGCCGGCGUGGGCUCAGCAGAUCUCCGACCGCGACCUCCAGCGCAUGAUCAAGAAGGCGGUCGACGACGACCAGUCUCGCGGCGAGCAGCACGCGUGACCUGGCGUGCGCCCAGCCCCCUGCGAGCGGAGCAGGGGUCUCCCGCACCUCAGCCGAGGAGCGGGGCCUGGCCAGUGUGGGAGCGCCGCCUUGCGGCCCAAAGUCGGGGACGGCGGAGAGCCUCGGCGUUGGAGCUUCGUGGCCGUCGUCCGUAAUGUGGGACACCCGGAGAUGUUCCGCCUUCAGCUCGUGGAGGAGGACGACGAAGAA